CCCUCUCCCUUCCGCCCCACCCACCCCGCACCGCCGCCAUGUCGUUCCGCACCUCGCUCUUCCGCACCGCGUCGCGCCGCAUGAACACGGCUGCGGAGGCCAUUGACAAGACGGCCGCUAAGGGCCCGAAGCUGCCGGCGGGCAAUGACCCGUCGGCCAGCCAUGGCGCCGAGCACGCCAUCGCCGACACAAACCGCUGGCGCAUCAUCUCCGCCGUCUUCGCCCUCCCGGUCUCCGCCUACUUCAUCAUCAACAUGAUGAACACCCACGAGCACACGGAAGCCCCGCCGGAGUACCCGUACCUCAAGAUGGCCACCAGGUCGCCGAGAUUUCCAUGGGGUGAGGAAGACCUCAUCGGCACGAUCCACGACAAGCACGCCAGGGAACUCGCGAAUAAGGAAUGAGUCUGCACGGGGUUGGCGUUUUUAUUCAACCGGGGCACAUUUCCCCACCUCUUCGUUUAUAGCUUUUUGGUAAAGGAUUCUAGCCUCCGCUGCCCGAGUCGACUCAAAAUCAAAUCAUCUUCUUCUCUGGAUCCGGGUCGCUCGCCACCAAGUCACACACCAUAUUCGCCACGCUCGAGUCCGACCCCGUCUGCUUAAACAUGCACUCCUUGAGAAACGUCACCGUCGUCGUCUCGGGCGCCUCGAUGUACGCCGUAACCCUGGGCACGCCCUUCAGCUUGAGCUUCUUCAUAGCCCCCAACAGCAGCUUCUUCCUAACCCCCUCAGAGUCAGGCAACUCAUCGUCCACAAUCGUCCCCAUAACGGACGCGGUUUGCAACGUCCCUCCGUCCAUGCCCUUCUCGGGGUCCUUGACCUCCGUCUCCACGUCCACCAGCACGGCGCCCAUGAUCUUCGACUUGUACCCCUCGCCCUCCUUUCUCCCCUUGAUCGAGGGCUCGCACACCGUGCAGCACUCCGAGUCCACCACGAACGACUCGACCAGCGCGCGCGGGUACGUCGUCGCGAACAAGCGCGCCACGUCGUCCACGUCUUCCGCCCCCGCCGCGCGCAGCGUCCAUACGAAGUUCCC